ACGCGUUUGUUUACUACACACAUGUGCCGCAUGCGUUUGUCACUUCAUCGACUGCAGCCUAUUUGCAUAAAAACAAAAAAAAAUAUGGGAAAUAGUAUGGCGAAAAUGGAAACUAUAUCAGUGAAUCUUCCGGAAGCAGAUGAUUCUACGAAACCGGAAAAUGAAGAGGUAACAAUUGAGCCAAAAGUCUUCGCUGAAAAGCCAGCCGCCGCCAGAGAAGAUGAGUAUGCUUACCUUGACGCAACCGGUUUCCCGUCUGAGCGGUUCAAAAUUGGAAUCCGAAACUUACCAAAACACUACGAUAUUCAUGAAUUAAAAAAACUGCUCAAUGUCAAACUGAAGCUAUCAACAAAUAAAAUAAAAAUUAUGCACCCGGGCUGUCCGUUCCUGUACGUAUGUUUUUGCGGGGAAUCGGAACGACAAGCCGCGAUUAAAACACUCAACGGAUACGUGUGGAAAGGUGCUAACCUUCCAGCUCGAGUUAAAGUUGGUGGUGAUGAAAUCGAGGUGGUCACCGAGCUCAUGUGCUUAGGCUCACUGGUAACUGCCGACAACGUGAAGAAGGCGAAUGAACUUGGAGAGCCAUCUAUCUUCCCCACUGUCGAAAUUGGUAGGUUGCGGUGGGCUGGGCAUGUCCUUAGGAUGUCGGACGACAGACCGAUGAAGACUUUCUUGAAAGCAAUCCGUCAGGGACGAGACGGAGAGGUUGACAUCGGGCAAGGUGAAGCCGACCUGCGGACCCUACGCAGACUGCAGAGCUGGCGACCUGCAGCCAUGAACCGAGUGGAAUGGAGACGGAUCUUACAUAUAGCAAAAGCCACACCACGGCUUGGGACUGUAUGGUUAGCCUAUUUGCAUAAAAACAAAAAAACAUCGGAAAUAGCAUGGCGAAAAUGGAAACUAUAUCAGUGAAUCUUCCGGAAGCAGAUGAUUCUACGAAACCGGAAAAUGAAGAGGUAACAAUUGAGCCAAAAGUCUUCGCUGAAAAGCCAGCCGCCGCCAAAGAAGAUGAGUACGCUUACCUUGACGCAACCGGUUUCACGUCUGAGCGGUUCAAAAUUGAAAUCCGAAACUUACCAAAACACUACGGUAUUCAUGAAUUAAAAAAACUGCUCAAUGUCAAACUGGAGCUAUCAACAAAUAAAAUAAAAAUUAUGCGCCCGGGCUGUCCGUUCCUGUUCGUAUGUUUUCGCGACGAAUCGGAACGACAAGCCGCGAUUAAAACACUCAACGGAUACGUUUGGAAGGGUAAAACACUUCAAGCCUUCGAAGCUAAGCCAGCACCGGAUCCUUUGGUAAAGCGUCGAAACGAGGCAGCCGGUGUGGAUGGAGUUGUUAGCGUGAAGAAACGUAAGACACUUGAAGAAACGGUAACCGCACUGGCCCACCUCAGCUACGAGGAUCAGCUGAGUCAGAAAUAUUCCGAGAUGCGAAAUGUGUUGACCAUAUUUGGAAAUGAAAUUUGGAAAACCUGUCCAUCGAUUAGGAGUCACGUGGAAGCGCAGAGAAAACUGAACGAUGGUCUCCCGUGUAAAUUGGAAUCGAUCAAAAGCUCACCCCAAAUCGAUGGCUAUCGAAAUAAAUGUGAAUUUUCUGUUGGAAAAAAUGAGCAUGGCGAAACCAAGGUGGGCUUUCGCGUAGGGAGUUAUUCGAACGGUUUCAUUGAGGUCGAGUCUCCUGAGAAUUUGAAGAACAUAUCAGACAAAAUGAAAGUUACUGUUAAAUUGUUCGAGGAGUUUGUUCGGGAGUCGAAAUAUGAGGUGUAUAGUCCGGAAACCUAUCAAGGUUACUUUAGACAGCUGACAAUUCGUACGUCAAGUGCGACAGAAGAAGUUAUGGUUGUCGUUGGAAUGCAUCCCCAGUCACUGAGCGAAGAUGAACUUAAAGAAAUUCAAGCCGCGAUUGUUCAACAUUUCACGUCCGACAAGGCGAUAGAAGUUGGCAUCAGUUCCAUUUAUUUUGAGAAGAUCGAAAAACAUAAACCAGGUCAGAAUGUUAAUCAGAUUGAGCAUCUUCACGGAGAGACCCAUAUAGUGGACACAAUUCAUGGGUUAAAAUUUCGUAUCAGUCCGUUGGCGUUCUUUCAAAUCAACACUCAGGCGGCAGAAAUACUGUACCAGUGUGCUAUUGAUUUGGCUGAGAGCUCGGAGAAGACAUCAGUGUUGGACAUUUGCUGCGGAACUGGUACGAUUGGUCUUUGCUUCGCAAAGCAUUGCAAGCAGGUGCUGGGAGUGGAAAUUAUUCCCCAGGCCAUAGAGGAUGCAAAGCACAAUGCCGAAUUGAAUCAGAUAGAAAAUUGUAAGUUCUUCGCGGGAAAUGCGGACGAUUUAAUAACGUCGCUGAUCCGAAACGCAAACAUUCGAAGUGGAGAAAAUCUGGUGGCGAUCGUAGAUCCACCCAGAGCAGGGCUUCAUAUUCGCUCGAUUACGCAAUUGCGGAAUGCUCGCGGCCUGAAUCGAUUGGUGUACGUAUCCUGCUCGCCGCGGAGUGCCGUCAAAAAUUGGGUGGAUUUGAUGCGACCCUGCUCGAAGGCAAUGCGGGGUGUGCCAUUCGUGGCGAAGAAAGCCAUUCCUGUGGAUAUGUUUCCACAUUCGCCGCACGUUGAGUUGGUUGUGCUUUUCGAGCGUGAACCCGAGAAGGAAGAAUCGCGGCCGGCUGAGAAUGAAGAAAGCGUUGAUGAGGGACGGGACGAUGUGCCACCGGAAGAUGAAGCUCGCAUGUAGUGUAUUUAUAAGAGAUAAUACAUUUUACAGACUGAGAUGAGUACAGGUUUUGGCAUUUAAUCAUGUGAGUAAUUUUUGGAAAGUAUUGAAUUACCACCUAGAAAAAUAUAAUUAGGGAGAAUGUGUUUACUCAAAAUGCUCCUUUUCGCAGAAACGGAUGCGAUGAUUAUUAUAACGUUUAAAUAGCGUAUACUUUAAUAUAGUCCACUUGUAGAGUACUGUUCGAAUUCCAGGUAGGAUACCAAGUGCCACGUGCACUCCAAAACGAAUGCAUUGCUUUAACGGAUAGAUCUUUCCACGGCUUCUCCGAGAGUAGAUGGAAAUCGUAAUGUCCUCCAACUCCUACCCCCAAACUAAUGUAGAAUUCCUUGUCGAAUGGUGCCAUACGAUUUCCGCUUAAUUUCCAAAGAUUUGCUGUUUGUGGUUUCGUGGCUCGCAUUUCCUGGUAAAAGCCUUCCUCUGGGUCAAUAUGACAGUACACCUCUUUGUUUACUUCCAUAUAGAUGCCGGUUGGACUCCAGGUAAGGCCAAAUUCAUGAAACUCAUCACUCCAAUUGCGGGGACGCGUAAGUGUACACAUUUUUGAGCAUCGAAGUGGUUCAGCGUUAUUCAGAAGCACUCCACCAGAAAGUUGAUUCCGGAGCCGGGGUCCACCCGGAACGAAAGCUACACGCAUCAAUCCAGAGGAAUAUUCAUCGCGCCCAUAGAACUCAUUGCGCGGUUUAAGGUAGAGCUCUGAAAAAUAUUUCUUCACAUCACACUUAAUUUUUACAAGCGAUAAAAGACACUUACGAGGAAAAAUCCAAUCUCCUUUGGGUAACUUCGCUCGUAUUAGAAUUUUUCCAUACAUAAAUUUAAACGAAUUGAAGGUGGAAAUUUGCGCAGACAGAACAGGUGGAAUCAUGUCGAAAUCUAUCUUUCGAUCCCGGAUACAAUCUCGCGAGUUGAGCAUUCCAGUACACUCGGAGGCAAACAUGAACUUUGUGUUGGUCGAACCGGGUCCGAAUUUGCUCUCGAACAGUGUCGGCUUGAUGAGCAACUUUCCAUUGCGCACUUGAAUGUUCUCUUCGAAAUCCGCGUAAACGACGAACUCGUUAUCCUGAAAAAUAUUCGAUCGAUAGCAAUUACAUAAACCAAUAUACAUUGAGAUAUCGAAUUACUACUAACCGGAUCUGACGCAAAUCGAUUCUCGAUUCGCCACCUCCGCUCGUUAAGUGUACCGCUGUCGAAAGUUUCCUCAAAAAUCAAUUUUCCGGAGCACACUUUCCUCCCAUUCACCUGCGUAU